AUGGAUCCCACAGCUGCCAAAUCGACCGACACAGCGCCUCCAGCUGCCACCAUAAAACCGCCGCAAGCAUCAACCGCACAACCUCCCUCGCCGCCUCCGUCGCAAUCAGGGCCCCAAACCGAAUCCAAAGUCUCCACGUCGAACGAUGCGCCCCCCGAUACAACACCCCCAUUCUCGCCUACAAGCCAAACGCCAAUUCUCCAGAAGGGGCAGGAGGAGUUCGAAGGUACCGUAGAUGUCAACAACGACCUGCCGACAGAAAAGGAUCUCGAGCGAGUGGGAGAUAUGCUUGUGCUAGACGCCCAGGGCCAGAGUAGACCAUUCAAGGAAUUGUACCAGGCGCCAUCUGUCGCGCCCAGGCAGUUGAUCAUCUUCAUUCGGCAUUUCUUCUGCGGGAACUGCCAGGAAUACCUCCGCACCCUCUCGUCCUCGAUCAAACCUGAAGAUCUUCUUGCGCUACCAACCCCAACGUUUAUAACCGUCAUCGGCUGCGGACGUCCUGAGCUCAUACCCAUGUACACCGAAGCCACCUCGUGUCCCUUCCCCAUCUACGCAGAGCCAACGCGCAAGCUCUACGACUACCUCGGGAUGACGCGCACCUUCAAUCUGGGCGCAAAGCCCGACUACAUGCACACCAACAUGCUCAUCAACUCCGUUCAGUCGAUAUUCCAGGGACUUGGGACAGGCAAACAUGCAUUGAAGGGCGGCGAUUUCAAGCAGGUGGGCGGGGAGUUUUUGUUUGAGAAUGGAGAAUGCACAUGGGCGCAUAGGAUGAAGACGACGCGCGGUCACGCAGAGGUGACGGAUAUCAGGAGUUUACUAGGGCUAGAUGGAGCGAGCCCGCCACUAAGGAAGAGGUGGAGUCACAGUGUCAAGUCACAGGACAAGGAUAAGAGGAGGAGUAUGAGUUGGGGACGGUUGAGAAGCAAGAGCAGAAGUGCGAAAGAUAAGAAUGCCAGCGGAGUGACGACACCAGAAAGGGUGCAAGAAGAGGAUACUGAUACGAAGAAGAUAGUCGGCAGCCCCACGAUAUAG